UUCACCGCGCUCUCUGCUGUGUUGUCGGGAUGCUGCUUUUAUACUAAAUGUUAGCAAUGUUUAUUUUGUAAACGGAGAAAUACAGUGUUUUAAUCAUUCCAAUAAACGUUAUCAUACUCCUCCAUAGUUUCCAGCUUGCUUUAAAUCUUAGUCACGAGUACAAUGAACUGAGAUCUGCUGUGAAGAUGAUGUUUUUUAAAGAGGAGAGUGAAGAGAACAUGAGAGAAACAGAAACAUGGAGAAUAAAACACGAGGAACCAGAAACAUGGAAAAUUAAACACGAAGAACCAGAAACAUGGAGAAUAAAACAUGAGGAAUCUGAAACCUGGAAAAUUAAAUACGAGGAACCAGAAACAUGGAAAAUAAAACACGAAGAAUCAGAAACAUGGAGAUUAAAACCAGAGGAACCAGAAGCAUGGAGAAUAAAACAUGGGGAACCAGGGGGCCUGAUGAAAGUGAAAGAAGAGAGUCAAGAUCUGAAUGAGGUGGAGGAGGAACAUCAGGACCAGAAAGAUCAUGAAGACACUGGAGAAACAUCAGUGAGAUGCAGCAUUCAGAUUGAAGUCAAAAGACCUUUCGGCUGCUCUCAGUGCGAGAAGUCUUUCACACGGAAAACAAACCUUGAGAAACACAUGAUGUUUCAUGCUGGAAUAAGGCCUUUCAGCUGCUCAGAGUGUGGAAAAACCUUCAAACAGAAAGAACACCUUAGGAAACACAUGAGGAUUCAUACCGGGGAGAAGUAUUUCAGCUGCUCUCAGUGCGGAAACACUUUCAUCUGUAACAAAAGCCUUAAGGAUCACAUGUUAAUUCACGCUGGGAUAAAGCCUUUCAGCUGCUCUCAGUGUGGGAAGAGUUUCACGCAGAAAGGACAACUUAAUAAUCAUCUGGUAACUCACUCUUCAGAAAAACCUUUCAGCUGCUCUCAGUGCGGGAAGAGUUUCAUACGUAAAGCAGGCCUUGAGAAUCACAUGUUAAUUCAUAAUGGAAUAAAACCGUUCGGCUGCUCUCAGUGUGGGAAGAGUUUCACACAGAAAGUACACCUUGAGAAUCAUCUGGUAACUCACUCUUCGGAAAAAACCCUUCAGCUGCUCCCGGUGCGGAAACACUUUCACACGUAA